AUGUCUGCGACUCAAAACCAUCCAACAUCGCGCCUACAGUCAGCGCCAUCGUCAUGGGACGAGUCCAGCAAUAAGAAAAUCCGCUACGCUCAAGGCUACAUUCUGCCUAAAGCCAAUAGAAUGCUCACAGAGGCGAGCAUGGCUCCCACGAUCAAAACAAACCGGUCAAUACAACUAAAUGGUCGAUCACUCAUUGUUGCCCUUCGAGCGUCGCCAACGUUCAAUCCUGCCGAACUUUCCAGUGACACUCUCUUUUCCCACCAAAGAGGCUUUAAAUACCGAUACACCCGCAACUCGACUCUUGCACAGAGACGAUCUAUGGACGAGCCACUCGACACAUACAUUCGCGACUGGUCUAAGACGUCGGCUUGGUACGGCAGGUAUGAAGUACUCACACAUCCCGACGAUCCCGAGCGGCCAGGUAUCAUCCAUGGGAUCUGGGAUCUGGGAUCUGAGAGACGGUAG